AUGGUGGCUCAGAGCGACGAGUACCGCGCGCGCUACUAUAACACGAACCAGAUCCUUCUGGAUAACGAUCUUGUCAUCGCCGCCAUCGGCAGGAGUGUCAUGUCAUGGCGCUCGGGAACGGGCAAGGGCCGCCAGAGUGGAAAGGACAGCGCCGGCCGCAAGGGUGGCAGCAAGAGCCAUCACGAGGGCGGUGGUGGUCCCGGAAAGGGACAGCUACGAGGCACAAGAGCUCUGGGUGAGUUGCCUCCUAACCUCUGGGUUGGUAUAGCUGACCUCUCAGACCUGCGCGACCUCCAUGAUGACGCAGUGGACAGCCACUACGAAAUCCAGGAAGAGAACGAGGUGUUCCGCCCGCAGACGACAGAGGAGGAUGCACAGCGUGCGGCCAUGCAGAACCUGGGUCUGGAGGAUGGCGACGCCGCGCUCGAGUACGCUCUGAUGAUGUCUCAGCAGGAGAGCGAGACACCUGCCCCGCAGCCACCCUCGGAAUACGACCACAGCGGUGGCGACGAGGACGCAGACCUGCAGUAUGCGCUGAUGCUGUCGCAGCAGGAGGCGGAUGCUGAGGCGGCCCGUCAAGCGCAGCCUGCAGCUCCGGAGCCACCACAGUACAACGAAGACGAGGAAGAUGCCGACCUGCAGUAUGCGCUGAUGCUAUCGCGCCAGGAGGCGGAGCAGGCAGAGGCGGAGGGCAGGGGACACUAG